AAAAAGUUAUUAAUUAUUAGAUAAUAAUCUUAUUAAUCUUAUAAAAAACCACUUAAACUUUAUUAUGGUGGAUAGAUACAGUUUUUCAUUAACUACUUUUUCUCCAAAUGGGAAGCUUGUACAGAUUGAAUAUGCCUUAGCAGCAGUUAAUCAAGGAGUAACAUCUAUUGGUAUUAAAGCUAAAAAUGGAGUUGUUUUGGUGACAGAAAAAAAAAGCCAAUCUUCACUUGUUGAACAAGAUACGAUUGAUAAAGUUUCAUGUAUUACACCAAGUAUUGGGAUGGUAUAUUCUGGGAUUGGACCAGAUUUUCGAGUUUUAGUGGAUAAAGCACGAAAACUUGCACAUUCUGCCUAUAAAUUAAUUUAUCGCGAAUAUCCUCCAACACGUAUACUUGUUCAAGAUCUAGCUAAGGUAAUGCAAGAUGCAACACAGUCUGGUGGUAUACGCCCAUUUGGUGUGUCUAUAUUAGUUGCAGGGUGGGACAAACAUAAUGGACCGUCUUUAUAUCAGAUUGAUCCGUCCGGUACAUAUUUUCCAUGGAAAGCAACAGCAAUUGGAAAGUCAGCAAUAUCAGCGAAAACUUUUCUUGAAAAAAGAUAUAAUGAUCAACUUGAACUUGAGGACGCUAUACAUAUUGCACUUCUUACUUUAAAAGAAGGGUUUGAAGGAGAACUUUCUGAAGAUACUAUAGAGAUAGGUGCUGUUGGGCCAUCGGUGACAUAUAAUCUUGGAACAGAGGAUACAAAUGAGCCAUUAUGCCCUCAAUUUAGAAAAUUAACAAAAAUUGAGAUUCUUGAUUAUUUGGAACAAAUUUCAUAA